CAAGAGGUUCCUUAUUUCCUGGCAGAGGUUCCUUAUUUCCUGGCAGAGGUUCCUUAUUUCCUGGCAGAGGUUCCUUAUUUCCUGGCAGAGGUUCCUUAUUUCCUGGCAGAGGUUCCUUAUUUCCUGGCAGAGGUUCCUUAUUUCCUGGCAGAGGUUCCUUAUUUCCUGGCAGAGGUUCCUUAUUUCCUGGCAGAGGUUCCUUAUUUCCUGGCAGAGGUUCCUUAUUUCCUGGCAGAGGUUCCUUAUUUCCUGGCAGAGGUUCCUUAUUUCCUGGCAAAGGUUCCUUAUUUCCUGGCAGAGGUUCCUUAUUUCCUGGCAGAGGUUCCUUAUUUCCUGGCAGAGGUUCCUUAUUUCCUGGCAGAGGUUCCUUAUUUCCUGGCAGAGGUUCCUUAUUUCCUGGCAGAGGUUCCUUAUUUCCUGGCAGAGGUUCCUUAUUUCCUGGCAGAGGUUCCUUAUUUCCUGGCAGAGGUUCCUUAUUUCCUGGCAGAGGUUCCUUAUUUCCUGGCAGAGGUUCCUUAUUUCCUGGCAGAGGUUCCUUAUUUCCUGGCAGAGGUUCCUUAUUUCCUGGCAGAGGUUCCUUAUUUCCUGGCAGAGGUUCCUUAUUUCCUGGCAGAGGUUCCUUAU